UUAGCGGCCCCAUCAACACGCCGACCGUGGAAAAAGUCGUGACUAUCCGCAGUGCAGCCUGCCGCACACAGUCGAUAUUUCCGGCGACCGAUAAUAUAAGCAGCUUCUUCACUGCCUACCCUCAUACCCUCUUUACUUGACCACCAUGCCAAACCUGGCGCUACUCAUCGCACUCAGCUUCAUUGCCUGCGAGCUUGCCGCAGGAACCACAUACGAAAUAAUCAAAGAAUAUUCUGGGUCGGGCUUCUUUGAUGACUGGGAAUAUUAUGACCACUACGACAAUCUCACCAACGGAGAUGCCACCUUCGUUGGCUCGGGUUCCGACCUAACGUAUAUAGACUCCACAACGAACCGCGCGAUCAUGAAAGUCGACAACAGCUCCACUGUUGCAUACAACUACAAGCGUGAUACCGUUCGGAUCGCAUCAAAGGACCGCUACGGUGUUGGAAGCAUCUGGAUAGCGGACAUGUACCAUGUUCCGUACGGCUGCUCCGUCUGGCCGGCAUGGUGGGCCCAGGCACCCGACUGGCCGACCGGCGGAGAGAUCGACACCUUUGAAGGAGUGAACCUUGUGACCAUGAACCAGAUGGCUCUACAUACCGAGAGCGGUUGUACACAAGUAGACCCGGUCCAAUCGUCCACCCUCAUCAAUAGCACCGAUUGCAAUUAUGAAGCAAAUAGCAACUCUGGUUGUGUCGUGACAGACCCGUCCAAAGCGUCGUAUGGAGCCCAAUUCGCUUCGUCGGGAGGUGGUGUCUUCGUUACAGAAUACGCGGAGACCGGAAUAUCUAUCUGGUUCUUUAGCCGCUCCAGUGUCCCCGAUAGUAUCUCCUCGAAUUCGAGUACCCUUAAUACUGAUGACCUGGGUACACCAGUUGCGAACUGGCCCAAUGGUGGAUGCAACAUCGACGAGUUCUUCUCGGCACAGAGUCUCAUUUUUGAUAUCACUCUCUGCGGAGACUUUGCAGGCUCAGCGUCCGUAUUUAAUGAAACCUGCUCGGGUACCUGCUACACCGACUAUGUCAUUGGGAAUGCCUCUUAUUACGACACGGCUUACUUUGAUGUUGCAUCUGUACGUGUGUACAGCGUUAACGGGACCGACACCACGGUGUCAGGAAGCAGUGGCGCCGUUAGCUUGUGGGAUUCGAGAACGGCUGCGGUGCUGGCUGCUGCUGGACUAGGUGCUGCUGCGUGGCUGGCUCUUUGAAGUUGAAAAUACGUUCUUUCUUAAUAC